AUGCCGAUCGACCGUAGCCCGGGUACAAGUAGCGCGAGUGCGUCGACGUCAAAUGUGACGGCAUCAGAGAUAGCGGCGCUGAAAAGAAAGCGCGGAAUAAUAAAGGGUUCGUGCACGCGGAUAGAAACGUUCGUGAAUAGCGUGAACGCGGUAGAUGACGAUGCACGAGCGCAAUUGGAAGUAAGGCGCGCGUGCUUAGACCCAAUAAGGGAAGAUUACUGCAAGGUGCAGUCGCAAUUAGAGGCAAUAGACGAGGCCGAAAUAGAGGACAGAGACGCGUUCGAAGACAAGGUAUAUUCGUUGUGCGCGAGAAUGCAGCGAUUAUUGCGAAAUGACAGCGGUCAAAAUAGUCCGCGGGCCUCCACGCCAGUAUCAGCGCGAUCCGAGAGCGAAGCCGCAACAUACGUCCGUUUACCAAAAUUAAAUUUACCGUCUUUUUCCGGAAAGUACGAGGAAUGGUUCCCGUUCCAUGACACUUUUAUUUCGGUCAUACAUAAUAACAAAACAUUAUCUGACAUACAAAAAUUUCAAUAUUUACGGGCGUCGUUGACGGGUACAGCUCUCGACAUCGUCAAAACAUUAGAGAUAUCAAAUAACAAUUACGACCUUGCGUGGAAUAUUUUAAAAGAGCGUUAUAAUAAUAAGCGUGUAAUCGUGCAGACACACAUAAAAGCGAUAUUCGAAUUAACGGCGAUUACGAAAGAAAGCGCGAGUGGCAUUCGGCAGCUGGCGGACGGUGCGGCGGCACACGUGCGCGCGUUAACUGCAUUGGACUGCAACGCCGACAAAUGGGACGCGUUGUUAAUACAUAUAAUUACGUCCAAAUUAGAUCACGGGGGGGGAAUUGAGAAUUCGCGGGCCGCCGGCUCAGCGGCGGACGGUUCGACUCCGAUUGCGGGCGACCCUGCCGUCGUGGUCGCGCACGGCGCGGUCGGGGGUGACGGCGCGGAGCCCUUACUGUCAACAGCGGUUGUUUACGUUUACGGCGCGGACGGUUCGCGGAUGUCAUGCCGUGCCUUGCUGGAUGCAGGAGCACAGGCGAAUUUUAUUUCAAAUAAAUUCGUGGCAAAGUUGAGAUUAAAAACAUUGCCUACGGAAUUGUCAAUAUCGGGCCUAUUCGGAUCGAUGUCCGUCUUAAAUCGGAUGGCGCGAGUCAGAUUCCGGUCGCGACUGAGUUCGUUCGAGGCCGAGCUGGACUGCGUUGUCACCGACCGAAUCGCGGAUAGAGUUCCGGCGAGCACACUGAGGCGUCAGGCCUUCAGGCUGCCGCCCGGCAUCGAUCUAGCGGAUCCGAAAUUUAACAUAUCUUCCGACAUCGAUUUAUUGAUCGGGAUCGACUUAUUUUGGCGGCUGGCGUGCGUGGGCCAAAUUCAUGCGACAUCCAAGCACCCUCUUUUACAAAAAACACGUCUUGGCUGGGUUUUGGCCGGGCGUACGGGUGGGGGCACCUCACGAUCGAGCGCCAAAUUGCGUGCGUUACACGCGACGAUUAAUAACGCGCAGCUCCACGAACGAGUUGACCAAUUUUGGAGGAUCGAGGAAUUAGCGGAUUCUAACGGUUAUACCCGCGACGAGCAGGCUUGCGAAAGUCACUUUAUGACGAACGUGUCGACGAACGAUGAAGGCCGAUAUAUCGUGAAAUUGCCGCUAAAAGAGGACAUAUUUCAACGGCUCGGCGAAUCGCGCGAAACAGCGAUAAGGCGUUUUCUUGCGCUCGAGAAGCGGCUCAACCGCGACCCGGGUUUGAAGCGCUCCUACGCGAAUUUCUUACGCGAAUAUCAAUCGUUGGGGCACAUAAGAAUCGCACCUGCAAGGUCGAUCGAAGGUAAACCUGUAUAUCUGCCGCAUCACGGAGUAAUAAAGGGGAUCGGUCCAUGCGCGAAGUUGCGCGUGGUUUUCGAUGCCUCGUGCAAAACCAGCACGGGAGUUUCGCUCAAUGAGGCUUUACGAAUAGGUCCGGUGAUUCAACAAGAAUUGAUAACAAUAUUAAUGCGGUUUCGAACGUUCGUAUAUGUCUUUGUGGCGGACAUAAUCAAAAUGUAUCGUCAGAUACUGCUGCACAAAUCGCAGACGCAUCUGCACAGGAUAGUGUGGCGAGAGGACUCUGGAGCGCCGAUCGGCGAAUACGAAUUGCUGACGGUCACGUACGGUACGAGUUCGGCGUCGUUCCUGGCCACCAGGUGCCUUCAGCAUCUGGCACAAAAACAUGCGGACGAAUUCGCGAUCGGGUCGGGAUGCGUGCUCCGGGAUUUUUACGUCGACGACCUGCUCACCGGCGCUAACACCCUGUCGGAGGUGAGGCGCGUACGCGAGGAGACGGUUGCGCUACUGAAGCGCGGAAGGUUCGAGCUCGGCAGGUGGGCAUCAAACUGCCGAGAAUUAUUGAAGGACGUGGAGGGUGCAACGGAUGCGAGCGUGUCUCUGGGCGGGGACUCGAGCUCUAAGAUCCUGGGAAUUGCGUGGGAUCCCGUUAUCGAUAGUUUUAAAUUCGAUUAUGAGAGCGGAUCGCCUGCCAAUUGCAUAACCAAGCGAACGAUUUUAUCAGAGAUCGCGAGCCUUUUCGAUCCGUUGGGGCUACUGGGGCCAUUGACGGUAGUAGCAAAAUUAAUUCUGCAAGACACAUGGCAGACGCAGGUCGGAUGGGAUGAGUCGCUGCCGCAGGACAUACAUACGCGUUGGCUGGGAAUAAAACAGCAAUUGACGAAUCUCGGUGAGUUACGCGUGCCGCGUUUCGUGGGCCGCGUGAUCGAUGCCGGGGGUGUGCAGCUGCACGGCUUUUGCGACGCGAGCGAGCGUGCCUAUGGUGCGUGCGUGUACGUGAGAGCGUACAAUUCCGGAGAAUGCCGAGUGCGGUUGUUGGUCUCGAAAUCGCGAGUCGCGCCUAUGAGGGCAAUAUCAUUACCGCGCUUAGAGCUGAGCGCGGCGCUACUGUUGGCAAAAUUGAUAGAAAAGGUUCGAGAAUCGGUCGGACUUCCCGCCGCGGGGGUGGUUCUGUGGUCGGACUCCACCAUUACAUUGCAAUGGAUUCAGUCUUCGUCGCGAAAAUGGAGCGCGUUCGUCGCGAAUCGAGUCGGGGAGAUACAGCGCUUGACCGAGGGCGCGGAUUGGCGGCACGUGCCGUCCGCGGACAACCCGGCCGAUAUAUUAUCGCGUGGCGCGGACUUGGCGGCUCUGGCUGUGUCUGGUCUAUGGUGGGAAGGACCGGCGUACCUUCGACUUAACGAGGGACAUUGGCCGAUUAGAAACAUCGAGAUAUCGGGAGAACUGCCCGAGCAGAAAAGGGUGAUCGCUGCCGUGGCGGUCGGAGAUCGAUCGAUAGUCUCGGGUUUAUUGGAGAGAUUUUCGAGCCUGGAGAAAAUACUGCGAAUAAUAUCAUAUUGUUUGAGAUUCGGUCGUGCGCGACGGGCUGAGGAGAUCGGGUCAUUGAUAUCGCAUCGGGAGAUGACCGCGGCCAUGCAAGUCGUGGUGCGUUGUGUGCAGCGCGGGUCGUUCCCGGGGGAAUAUCGCAGUUUGGGCGAGGGCCGGAGCAUCGACGGCGGGAGUCGCAUAUUAUCAUUGUCACCGUUUAUGGACGAGUGUGGCGUCAUUCGCGUUGGAGGUAGAAUAAGCAGGGCGGCGUUGCCGCCGGAUGCGGUGCACCCCAUGCUGCUGCCGAAAAGCCACGCUCUUACAACGCUAAUUAUUCGAGGAGAGCACGUUAGGAGCUUGCACGCGGGACUGCAGGCCACGAUAUGCGCGGUGCGUCAGCGCUAUUGGCCCUUGGCGGCACGUUCAGCGGUUCGCAGGGUGUUACGCGAAUGCGUAGCGUGCUUCAGGUGUAGGCCGGCAGCAUCUCAGGCGGUGAUGGCGGAUUUGCCUGGGCCACGGGUAAACGUAUCAAGGCCAUUCACGCAUACGGGCGUGGACUAUGCCGGCCCGAUAUUUAUAAAAGAAUCCAAGCGGCGCAACGCCAGGAUGCUAAAGGCUUACAUCGCCGUCCUCGUGUGCUUCGCGACCAAGGCUGUACAUUUGGAGGUCGUAAGCGAUCUCACGGCGGACGCCUUCUUGGGGGCGUUUAAAAGAUUUAUGUCGCGAAGAGGCAGGCCGGCGUGCGUGUACUCCGACAAUGGCACGACAUUUAUCGGAGCCAAUAGGCAAAUUAGAGAAAUAUACGAGGUAAUCAGUAGCCCUGAAGGGCAGGAAAACGUGCGUCAGUUCGCGCGGCGGAACGAGUUCGUUUGGAAGUUUAUACCGCCCCAUGCCCCACAUUUCGGGGGGCUAUGGAAAGCAGCGGUGAAAUCCGCGAAAUUAAUCUAA